GUUGUCAUUCUCAUUGUAGAUAUUACCGUCCCAGGCAAAUUUUCCAAGGACGAUUUUAGCUAUAGUAACUCCACACGGAGUAAUUUGAGGUUUUGUCUUUAACACUGAAACUGACGCGCCACUACCAAGAUAUUUUUGCAGCAUCUUCUGCCGACCUACUCUUCAGAACAUACUAAAGGUUCCUACCUAUUUUGAAUAAAAUGACUUUGUUGCGUUUAGCCAUACUUUUCACUGCCGCUGGCCAGCAACAGGCCAGUGGGCGCGCCGUUGCUCCGCAAGGAGCUGCACUGGAGCCGCUUCCUGCGCAACAGAACCAGGGCAAAUCUCUUCCCAGCAACGAGAAAAGAAAUCCGAAGGAUUCCUCCCCGGACGAACUGAGCAAGACGAGCGCGGGCAGCACAUCAGCAAACACCCCCUUUUUACAGCGAAGCGCGUCCUCCCUUGCUCCGUCGCCUUCCAGCGCGCCUACCAUGUCGCCGGCAUCUUCGUACUGUGGGUCGUCGCCACCUGUAUCUCCAGAAGGACCGACGAUUAGCGUUUCAUACCCGUUUGGUCAGGGAGAAAAUGAUGAAAACGUCGGACACUUCUACACAACUCCAGCAGCAGCUCGCUCGGCUGCUCUACUGCCGCUGCCCCCCACGUUCUUCGGCCCAGAUAAUGGCGCUGGGAUUGUUCUUGAGGAUGACGAGGUUCUUCGCGCAAGAACGGCAGCGGGAUCGUCUUCGUCUGCUUCUGCAGCAGAAAUGAGUGCUGGAAAAGGUAGUAGUUCUUCAUCUUCCCACCUCUCUGCAGCGCCAGAAGCGCAUGAGAACAAUGACACUAGCUCUGCUGCACCUCCCGGAGAUUUCAACUUCACGAGCAUUCUUCAAGACGAUCAGCAGGAGUUUCUCCAAUUACAGAAUGCGCUUCUUGGGCAACACGAUGCUGAAAGUAGUUCUACCGCCUGUACUAGAAGUAGUACAACGAGGACCUCGAGCCAGCAAUGCCAGUGUUUGGCGCUGCGCCCAGCCAAUCCGGGGCUGGUGACGCUGUUGCAGAAGGUUCGUGCGUUGGAGGUGAAGGGUGAAGAUGUGUCCCCCGCGAUGGUGGAUUUGCUGCGCCAGGUGGCAAGGAUCAUCGAGAGGGAUGAAAAGCAGGACGCCAGCCGGUUUUGGCGCCAGAUUUUCCACAUCGAACUCCUCAUCGUGCGGGAAAACUUCAAAUUGAUUCGCCACAAGCUGACGCGCAACAAGAAGCAACAGCAGGAGGCGGAGAAAGAAUUGGCGUCUUGGACCGAAGGAAGUGAGGCGGUUUCCGAGUCCAGAGACAAGAUGAUGCCCGGCAUCCCGUCCUACAUUUUCUACUCCGGCAUAUCGCAGAUGCCCGACUCGCUGCUACAUCCAGUGCGGAGCGAGUCUGUCAAAGCGGGGCUGCAGGAGGCACAAGAGGCCUUAAACCGCAUAUCCGAGGAGAGAGAAGCGUGGCUGCACCAACGCAACGACCGGCGCCUGCACUUCAAAAAAACGGUCGACGAACUGAGCCAGAAGCCGGGCGCGGCGGACUGGUUGCCACCAGAGUGCGAGUACGCGGCAUAUCUUGCGGAGGAUUCCGAUUUUGUGGCGCUUUAUUCCAGUGAAAAUAUGGAUGGCCACCGAAGUUUGCAAUCCUCGUCCAUGUGGGCUCCCUACACCGCCUGGUUGCAGUCCAGUCCAUUCUGGAGUUGUCCCUCGACUCCUUCCCGUGCUCCAAAUGGUCUUGAGGGACGUGCUGUACUAGAGUCGGGCGAGGGACCCAGUGCGACAUCCUCUCCCGCUGGCUCAGUAGCUGUUCCAGUGCAGCCAACUACCGAGGACCAUAAGGGAGUGCUCGGCUUUCUGCGUAGUUCGAAGGAAGAAAAUAAAGCCACCGUAGCUGGUGCGUCAGCAGACCCUAGUAUGUUGCAGUCAUGUCUAACGCCGACUUCGGAAGAGCUCCGUGGUCCUGCCUCCAGCGAUAGAUAUGAGCAGCCGUUGUUGGAUCAAGAAGAACAGAACCGGUUGUCCGGCAACCUCGUCGCCCUGAAGUACCUGUACAGCCAGGAUGGGAGGCUCACCGGCGCGCUGAAGAACCACUCGGCGGUGGCCUGGGCCGGGAUUUCUUGCGCGUCGCUGAUCGUUGGGUACUUGGUCGAACGAUCCGCCGACGCCGCGAAGCACACCGGUCACGCCGCCGUCGACGCGACCCACCAGAUCGCGAAGCGGGUUGUUGAUGUCGCAGUGCCGGAUGAAUAUGCGUGGACAAAAUGGUAUCAACAAAGAAAAAGGCUAAGGCAUUCUUUACUUUGCGUUUUGCAAUGAUGAUCCAGCACAUUGUAAUUCUACUAAAUACAACUUGGCACUUGUAUGGUUGUUGCGUUGAGAGAAUUUCGUAAACACUCAAACUUCACCAACUUCAGCGCAAUGCAGUGCAGCGGAGAGCUGAGCCACUCUUUAACGCGGCACGUCGUCAACCACGGCCAUUCGGCGUUGCAGACAACUACCAAGUACGCUGUCGCGGCGAUACCGUUUGCAACAUACGGCGGCUUGAUUGUCAUCUGCAGGGCCGGAGACGUGCUGCUCGCGGCGUUAGGGUGCCAAACGGAAAAUAUAUCCUCCACGCAGACGCGCUCGACAUUACCAGGGAGUACUGCAAAUUGGCAGCCGUGUCAAGGACCACUUGCGCUCCUAGAUGAGGAACCUCGCGAACAAGGCGGGGAAAUUUCAAAAGAGGAAGGCACUCCAGCAGCGGCCUAGAAAAUGUUCGUCACUGGAUGCGGAAUUGUGGUUUGAUAGAAGAGCAAUGAAAAGUUGGCAACGAAAGAGGGUGCACGCUACUGGGCAUGCGGAGUGGCAUAUUCACUGUGCUUCAUGCCGGAAGCAAUAACAAUCUCACAGCGACUGCGACAGCCGGUCACAGGGGUGGCAUGCUUGCGGGGUGUAAAAGUUAACGUGUAGGUGUAUUUAAUUUUAUCUUUCUCUAAGCUCUGGUGGCGAUUGGUUGCGAUACUCUAUGCCACCUAUUUACAAGCAGGACCCAGUUACUCGCUCGCCUAAAGAAGCGAACAGCGCGCAAUUAUUGAUUUCAUCUUUCAAAGGCUUAGGGUAAAGGGGAGAAACAAGGCUUAGUGUAUAGCUAUAGGCAGACCACGCAGUUCCACGCGGAUUCGUGUGUCCAUGUUGCAGCAUUUUUUUGUUGUUUUGCACAGACAGGCGGAGUUUGAUUUUGCAUUGACAGGCGCGCAGUCUUAGUCAUUCUCAUUUACCAUUUGAUAGUCAGCACAGAUCUCGGUAAUCAGCCGCAUACUUGAAGGCUACGGAGAACUACAACUAAGUUACCCCUACGACGGCGGGUGAAAUUCAGGCGUCGCAAUACUUUUAAAG